CCCAUGUGACCCUGACACACCUCCUUCGCAUUCGCUCCAGCGCAAAUCUGAAAUCUGCCCGUCGAAAAUGAUUGCCCUCUAAAUUAACUGAACAAAGUGCAUGGAAUCUACUCAAUUUCGGGUCAGGUCGAACCUGACAACGCUACUCGAACGUAAUGAAGUUAAAGCUGUCGAGGUUUUUGCUGCACAGGAGAAAGAAGAAGCUGUUUUUCGGCUUCAUCUUUAUUAGCCUGAUCUCAGUUGAGUUUUUCACGUACUUCCUGCAAACUUUGUCAUGGAUAAGAGUCGAGUGUGCAGACCAAACCGCGGACGAGGAGUGUGUCAAGCUCCUUUUCGUCGCAGACCCGCAGCUCAUCGGGGAGGAGCACGAAAAUGCAGCUCGAUACAUAGGCAGCAUUUGGGACAGUGACAGGUACAUCAAACGUACAUUUUCUUACGCCAUGGGUCACGUUCGUCCAGACGCAGUAAUAUUCCUCGGAGACUUGUUGGACGAGGGCAGCACUGCGUCCGAAGAUGAAUUCGAGCGAUACGUCGACAGAUUUAAAUGGGUGUUCCCCGAGUCUGACAUCCCUUUUAUUAUCCUUCCUGGGGACAAUGACAUCGGGGGAGAAGGAGAUCCGAUCACUCACCAGAAAAUAAGACACUUUGAUCAGUAUUUUGGGCAGCCAGAUGUCGUGCGAGUCAAAGGAAUCGUUUUUUACAAGGUCAACAGAAUGCGUUACCAUUUCCCAAAGAACAAAUUGCCGCUCUCGGAGAAUGAGACAAAAAUUUUGCUCAGCCACCUGCCCUUGCUCACCCACCCUAGUCCUUUUAUAGAUCAUCUGAUUGAAAAGUUUGAGCCGAAUUUAAUUUUUUCUGGUCACGAGCAUACUGCCGUUCAUCUCAGCAUCGUUCAAGGCCAACGUCUGGGCAGGACUGAGGUGCUGAUCGACCCCAUCGAACUGGAACUAGACCAGUUCCAAGUCAUUAAUGAAAUUAUGGUGCCAACCUGCUCAUACCGCAUGGGAACAACCGAGAUUGGCUUUGCUGCCGCAGCUAUUAAUUUGAAGACUCAAAGAGCAACGGUGUACGUUUUGCCGCUGCCCGACCGAUUCCGGCAGCUCUUCUUCUACGUCGGAGUGAUCAUCGUUUUAAUACUCCACUACGCAGUGAUCGCCGUUUACAUAUUUUUUAAAAAGUACUUCCGGCGCUGUCUUUACCUGUAGCCGUGGGAGACGCGAUCAAUAACAAUAGUCAUUGUCUAAAAAUAUAUUAUGAUAUACAUGUAUUAAAAAAUACCAACAAACCGUGCCAGUCGUAGAACUUGCGUCUAAGUCAGUCCAAGUAGAGUUCUUCCAAGCCCUCAGAGAAUAUUAAUAAUAAUAAUAUACUUACAAUCCGCAGAGAUGCCAAAGACCCCCCCCCCCCCAGAGCGUAUUCAAGAACAGAUUUUUCCAUCCUGUAACUCAAGUUCCGGAAAAAAUCUUUCUGCCUAUUUCUAGGUUUUGAUAGUUUAAAGUAUGAAGCCCAGAGGAAGCAUAAUUAAAAAUUUUUACUGUCAAAAUUGCAGCAAUUCACCAGUUGCAUAAACCCUAAGUGUUCGAAGCCGCCAACAGAUGGCGCCACCGUAGACUUUCGAUUUUAAUGCACUUCCGCUGCGAUUUCAGACUCAAUC